AUUUUACCUCCAGUGAGAGAUGGGUACGAGCUCAUGGAGGCAAUUUCGCCUUCUUAUGUGGAAAAAUUGGCUUAUUCAAAAGAGAAAGACAGUUUUAACCUGCUUCGAAAUUGGUUUACCUGUGUUUUUUGCAAUAGUUAUAUUUGGUAUACGUCAAAUUGUUGAAGUUACAGACCACGAUAAAGCUGUUCAAUGGAAACCCUACAAUAUUCCAAAACUAUCAAGAAACGAUAGUCUAAUCAUGUAUACCCCUGAUAAUCAGUUAACGAAAAACAUACUAAAUGAUAUGAAAAAUGACUUAAAAUUAGCAAGAAAACCUAUUGGUUUCCCUUCGGAAAAAGCUCUUGAAUUGCAUAUUGAAGAUUCUGUACGAGGUGAAGAAUACAGACUCUCUGUUGGAGUUGUAUUUACUAAUCUAAAUGGCAGUCAAUUACAAGAUUCAAUUAAAUAUAAACUACGAUUACCAAUUGAUACCGAUGGUAUCUUGGGUCCACGCCGUUGGUUUACAAAAUCUGUAUUUCCUGCUUUUCAAACUCCUGAGCCAAGAGAAAAUGGCCAAGAAGAUUUUAAGCCAGGUUAUACUAGAUGGAACUAUCUAACUUUUCAGUAUGCUGUUGAUAAAUCAAUUAUAAAAAAUAUUAAACCUACGUUUGAUGCAUCGAAAUAUGAUGUUCAAAUGCAGAAACUUCUACAUCCUCCUUACAUCGACAACCCUUUCCUCAAUAUUAUCCAAUUUCAGUUGCCGUUUAUUAUACUUUUGUCCUUUAUCCUUCUUGUUCCAUCCAUUGUCAAGGACAUAGCUUUGGAAAAAGAAAAACGUCUAAAGGAAUCGAUGAAAAUGAUGGGAUUGAAGAGUUGGUUGCACUGGAGUGCUUGGAUAGCGAAAUACUUACUUUUUAUGAUGAUAAGCAUUUUACUAUAUACAAUAUUUUUUUGUAUACAAACUGGUAAAGGAGGAGUGUUUGAUAAAUCAGAUCCUAUCUGCAUAUUCGUGUUUUUAUUUUUGUAUGCUAUAUGCACAAUUUCAUAUUGCUGUAUGAUCACUACAUUCUUCUCCAAGGCUAAUUCAGCUGCUGCUGCGGGUGGAAUUCUCUUUUUUGCCACAUAUACUCCAUAUUUUUUCUUGUCUACCCAAGUUCAAGAGUUAACUACAGGAGUAAAAUUUGCUUCAUCUCUUCUACACAAUCUUGGAAUGGCUUAUGGUUGUAAUGUAAUCGGAGUUUAUGAAGGUACAGGUGAAGGAGUACAAUGGAACAAUAUUGGAAAGCUUGCGACUGAGGACGAAAAUUUCAAAAUGUCGGAUGUAUUCUUGAUACUUUUAAUUGAUACCAUACUCUAUGGCAUAAUCACUUGGUAUGUUGAUAAUAUUCACCCAGGUGAAUUUGGUCUUGCUAAACCGUGGUAUUUCCCCUUCACCAAGUGGUACUGGUGUGGAGGAGCUCAAAAUUUCACUGGUACAGAUGAUGACAAUCUCGAACAUGAAGUCAAUACCGAAAUGUUUGAACCGAUUAACCCUGAUAUUGAAUCAGGUGUUGAAAUAAGAAACUUACGAAAGCAAUUCAAAGUUGGAGGGAAAAUAAAGACAGCAGUUCGAGGCACGACGAUUAAAAUGUUCAAAGGUCAAAUUACAGCUCUACUUGGUCAUAAUGGAGCAGGAAAAACAACUACUAUGAAUAUGUUGACGGGCUUUAUUUCUCCUACGUCUGGAGAGGCUCUUGUAAAUGGAUACAAUAUUAGAACUGAUAUCGAUUCAGUGAGAAGCAGUUUGGGCUUGUGUCCUCAACACGACAUUCUCUUCGAUAAUCUAACAGUUGAAGAGCAUCUAGAGUUUUUUGCCGCACUGAAAGGAUGUCCCAGCGGGCAAAUAAAGGGCGAAGUAACCCAAAUGAUAAAGCUUUUAGGUCUUGAAUCAAAAACAAAAAAGCUAUCAAGUACGCUUUCUGGUGGUCAAAAACGAAAAGUUAGCGUUGGAAUAGCUUUAAUAUAUGGAUCGAAAGUUGUUAUACUGGAUGAACCUACUUCUGGAAUGGAUCCUGAAGCGAGAAGACAAACAUGGGACAUUCUUCAGUCUCAGAGAGAAGGAAGAACAAUUAUUUUAUCAACUCAUUUUAUGGACGAAGCGGAUCUGUUGGGCGAUAGAAUAGCAAUUAUGGCUGAAGGAGUAGUUCAAUGCUGCGGAACAAGCUUAUUCUUAAAAUCGAAAUACGGAGUUGGCUAUCAUAUGACUAUUGUAAAGCAACCAACAUGUAAUGUUGAUUCUUUGACAACGAUUAUAAAAAAUUAUGUCCCAGAAGCACAAAUGGAGUCAAAUGUAAGCGCUGAACUAUCGUACAUUUUACCUCAGAAGUGUAGCAACAAAUUUGAGAGUAUGUUCAGUCAUCUUGAAAGCUCAAAAGAUUCUCUAGGAAUUGACUCGUUUGGAGCAAGCGUUACAACAAUGGAAGAAGUAUUCUUAAAAGUUGGAGAAUCGAUGGAUGAAAGUCUUGCGACUAGGCUACAAACGAUUGACGAGAACGGCACAACGUUAGAUAUAGAACAGGAUAGAAACACAAGUAAAAAUUCAGGAUUUACUCUAUAUAUUCAACAAUUUCUAUCUGUAUUCAUUAAGAAGGCGAUACAUUCAUGGAGAAAUAAAAUUUUGUCACUUGUUCAACUCAUAUUACCUACAGCCUUUACGAUUAUGGCUGUUAUAAUAGUUAAACAGAUUGAAGGAAACCUGGGCACUGAAUUAACUGUAAAGAAGCUUAGUCUUAGCAUGUUUUCAUCUACAACUACCCUUGCUGAAAUAAGUAAACAAGCUGACGCAGAGGCUUUAGGAAAUGGUUUCGAAAGAUUUGUCAAAGAUGAAGGUGGAAAUACUUUUAAAACUGUAGCCAAUCUAACAUCCGAAUUAAUCAGCUUUUCAAGUGAUAAGCCUAUCAGCUAUAAUAAACAUUAUAUGAUUGCUACAAAUAUUGAAAGUUCUAACAAUCGCUUUAUAAUUACUGCCUUUUUCAACGGAGAAGCCUUUCAUACACCUCCGAUUUCGCUAAGCGGAGUGACCAAUUCUAUUUUAAAGAAGGAAGCUGGACUUGAUAGAGGUAUUGUUAUCUCCAAUCAACCCCUUCCCUAUCUUCCCAAUACUAAAGCGAAGACGGAAGUCAACUCUCAAAACAUAACGAGUACUAUAAUCAUUUACAUUUUAAUGUUUGGAUUAGCGUUUUUAAUAGCAUCGUUUAGUAUGUUCGUCGUUAAAGAGAGGGCCAUUAAGGCCAAACACUCUCAAUUGGUAUCUGGAACAAGAAGUGUUAUAUAUUGGUUGUCAACCUUUUACUGGGAUUUCUUCAAUUUCUUAAUACCGUGUCUUUGUGUUAUAGCUGUUAUUGGAAUUGGAGAUAUUGAAGGAUAUGUAAAAGAUGAUAAUCUCGGAAAAUUAUUUUUACUCUUCUUGCUAUUUGCUGCAGCAGUCUUGCCUUUUACCUACCUACUAAGUUCGCUAUUUGAUGUAUCAGCAUCCGCUUUUGCAUGGUUAUCCGUAAUUAAUACUCUCACUGGAAUAAUAGCUCUUUUAGUAACACAAAUCCUAUCAGAUGACUCUCUUGGAGCAACCAGCGUUGCGAAAGUCCUUAAAAUACUCUUUACCAUAUUUUUGCCUCAUUAUUGCUUUGGUUCGGGAAUGGUUGAUAUUCAUAACAAUUACCAAACUCUAAAAUUUUGCUUACAGCCGAAAAUACAAACAUUGUGUUCAAUCCCCCAAGCAUCGAAUCCAUGUUGUAAGGAAACUUGUAAGGAAAGUUGUUUUAAUUACGAAGAGAACUAUUUCAGUUUCGAUUUACCUGGAAUUGGGCGUCCUAUUUUGGGUUUAAUUGGACAGUGUAUCUUUUACAUGUGCAUAGUUUUAUUCAAGGAGACAAGCACUUAUAAAAUGAUCGCUCAAAAAGUAGCCAAUAGAAUUUUAAACCCUAGAAGAAAAUCAAUAGAUUUACAAGGAAGACAGAAUAAAGCUUACUUCAACAACGAAAGAAAUUUAUCAGUUUCACCUGAACCAUUACCGGGACAAUUUCAAUUGGAUGAUGAUGUUCUUAAGGAGAAAGAGAGAAUCAGAGCUAUGGAUAAGAAACAACUUAAAGAACAGUACAUUAUUGGUAUUGACGAUAUUCAAAAAUAUUAUGGAAACUUUCACGCAGUGCAUGGUCUCAGUGUAGCUAUUCCUAAAGGUGAAUGCUUUGGUCUUCUUGGGGUAAAUGGUGCAGGAAAGACAACAACAUUUAAAAUGUUAACUGGAGACGAGACCAUUUCAUCAGGUCAGGCUUGGGUUAAUGGUCACUCUGUAAUCCACAAUUUGCAGCAAGUUCAACAAUCUGUUGGCUACUGCCCUCAAUUUGAUGCUCUAAUUGACCAAUUGACUGUUAAAGAGACGCUAUACAUGUACGCAAGAAUUAGAGGAAUAAAAAGAGAAGAUAUGCAAUCGGUUGUUGAUGACCUAAUAGACUCUUUACUUUUAAAAGAUCACUCUGAAAAAGAGGUUUAUCAACUGUCUGGAGGAAAUAAGAGAAAACUAUCCACUGCACUCGCUCUUAUUGGAGAUCCGCCAGUUGUAUUCUUAGAUGAGCCUACUACUGGAAUGGAUCCCGUAGCUCGCCGUCUUUUAUGGGAUACUUUGUCAAAAGUAAGAGCAAAGGGUACAACUUUGGUAUUAACUUCUCAUAGUAUGGAAGAAUGCGAAGCUCUAUGUACACAGAUAGGUAUAAUGGUAAAUGGCCAAUACAAAUGUCUUGGAAGUACUCAACAUUUAAAGUCCAAGUUUGGGGAAGGAUAUACCCUUUUGUUGAAGAUUGGAAUUUCUGUAGAUCAUUCUUAUUCCGUUCCGGAAGUGACAGCUAAACUUAUGGAGUAUAUUAACUCUGCAUUUCCCGGGGCACAAUUGAAGGAUUCGCAUGAUGGCUAUCUUCAUUAUCAGAUUUCCGACGAAGCAGCAACCUGGUCAUCUAUAUUUGGAACAAUAGAGAGAGCCAAAGAAGAGUAUCACAUUGAGGAUUACUCAGUUAGUCAAACUACACUAGAGCAAGUAUUUAUUAACUUUGCCAGACAGCAAAGAUCACCGGAGGACAACAAGGUUGGAUGCACAGUGAAAUUUAAAAACUGUAUGUCAUUCUUCUGUUGUUGCGGAUGUUGUGCUUGAGAAACUAGCCAUUACUUUAAACACUUUUAACGACAAUAUAAAUUAUUUUAAAAAAGAAAAAUCUGUUUUAAAGCAAGCACAAAUGUCUUUUUUGUGAUGAGUUUACGCUACCUAAAUGUUCUGUGAUAAUGAAAACAUUCAAUCAAAGUACGUAAUACAAUAAUUGUAAAUAUCUUAA